GAAAGUCACUGUGAAUGCAUUGGAAGGAAAAGACUGCAAAGAAUCAGUCAAGCUGAUUGCAGAAAGCACCGAUCUCUCUGAAGAGCAGCUUGCUUUCCUCAUUUCUGGCAUGUAUACCCUUCUCCGAGAAGCACUGAGACUCCCCUUAUCGACUUUCAGACAAGAAGUUUUUAAGGAAGACCUGAAGGAGCUCAGGAUACCAGAAGAUUUCAUCACGGACUUUUCCAGUAUUGUCUUUGGUAACAGGCGUCCUGUUUCUGAAGGCACAGCUCUGACACAAGCAAGUAGGCUGCCAAAUGUCCAGGACUUCAAGUGGAGAGUGGACGUAGCUAUAUCCACAAGUUCACUGGCCCGUGCUCUUCAACCAUCUAUUUUAAUGCUGAUGAAGCUUUCAGAUGGGACAGCUCAUCGCUUUGAAGUGCCAGUUGCAAAGUUUCAGGAGCUGAGAUACAACGUAGCCCUUAUCCUAAAGGAAAUGAAUGAUUUGGAGAAAAGAAGCAUACUGAAAAUCCAGGACUGAACACUUCUGAACUGGGAUGUUAGCAGAACAGAUGUGAAACCUGUGAAUUUUGUGAAGGGUAAAGCGUGGGACCAUCACCACUUUGCCUGUCUUGUAACUGCAAUGUAGCAUUUAUUAUGUCUGCUGUAAAUAUUUUUUCAAUUCAAGUAUUAAAAGCACAAGCUUUUUUCUUAAGACUUAGAAAAAAAACAAAAAAAUAUAUUGAUGAAAAAGUAUAAUCCUAUUUGCAAGCAUUUUUUUGCAUGAUUCAUCAAAACAUUUUUUAAAUAACUGUCUUGAAUGUAAGAACCAUUUCUUCCUGAUUAUGAUUCAGCACUCUAAUUAUUUUUGAAAGCCUGCUACAAGAAAUAACAUCAGUGUAUAUCAGAAGAAAGCCCUGCAAAUAAAAAAUACAACAACUACUGUUGUGUUGUAGUAUGACAAAUGUGACUUCGAGUUUGGCAUAAGUAAAAUUGCUGUCUGACUUCUUGCUAAGUGACUCAAGUGUAGGUACAUGUAUUUAAAAGCUAAUUUUGAAGAAAAGUGGGAGUCUGGGGAUCAAGGAAGAAGUAUGGAGUGAACUAAUUCAGUGGAACUGCAAAAGGGGAAAUGUGUAAUCUAAGUCUUUACCUGGAUGAUCAGUAUGCACUAAACAGGAGUAAUCUUGUAGAUUUCUAAGUGAGAAUGCCUGCUUUGUUUCAUGUAUUUCCCAUGUUUGUCAGCUGAAUUGUCUGAGACUUAUUACAGGGCAGAAACCCCUGGCAGGGUGAUGAUACCCAGCAGCAGAAGACAGGAGCCUUGUAGAUCACUACAGCUUAUAUACUUCUUAGCAGCACAAGCCAGACCCCAGGAUGAGGAGGCUGUAUACAGUCCCUGGGAUGAAAGUCAGAAGUGAAAGUAUAUCCAAACAAUACCCAGGUCAGUAAAAUAGUCGAGACUGGGCUGGAGGCUCCAUUGCUCCAUUUGUAAUGCUUGAAAGAACUCCCCUAACUGGAAGCAUGUGUUUUAAGUCUCAUUUAAACUCAAUGGGACCACAAAUAUGUCCCUAAGGGCUUUGCUGAGGAGGGGUGCAUUCCUGAGUCAGUGCCUGAAAGAGUUUUCCUCCAAGAAUAAGGACAUGGAGACUGAACAGCUAAAGAGCAUAGCUCACAGGGUUUACCCACCUGUCACAGGUAGUUUAGAACACACAUACCACUACCAUUGUCAAGCACUGGAUUUUCUAGCUGCUUGCUGAGGAUGCCUAUCUCAGUAGUGCCACCCCUACUUCUCUUGUUUGUUUUGUGUAGAACUUGCUGUUAUCGCCCUCAUUCCUGGAGGAAAAAAAA